AACAACAACAACACUGCUUUGCCAGUAGGAAGUAACUACGUUAGACCUCCGUGUUCAAACACACUGUCAACGGAUCAACAACAAAAACACGCAGAGCGAAUCGCCGAACCGUUGUCAUUGUUCUCCGUCUUUAUCUCUUUCUUCCACUCUUGGUCUCCGUUGCUAUUUUUGUGAGUCAAGGGUUGUGGGACAGCCCCAGCCCUGACCCACUAGGCCGCAGGUUAAGAGAUCCAUUCCUGGAUGCUGUACUUCCAUAGCUGUCCAUUUAGGAUCAAAACCAGAGAGGUGGCCCACCAUCAAUGUGCUGAUAAUUGACCUCCAGAUCUGGACAGGAGUAAAGACCUCGUCUGUGUGAGAGUGGGACAAGAGGUGAGAUGGAGUCGGAGGAGAUAGAAGGACGUACUUUAGUGCAGGUGAUCAGUGAGAAGUACAGUCCUGACAAUUUUCCUUACUGCCGUGGGCCAGGGGUCGGAGUGGUGAUCCGGUCAAGCCCCCAGGGUUCACCUGUCAAAGAUCGUCUCAAUCUGCCCAGGAUCCUGGUUUUGGAUGGUUGUGGUAUCACAGAGGCCGGAGAUGAGGAGGAGGUGGCCACUUUCUGUGCUCACGUGGUAGAGCUAGACCUCUCUCACAACCAGCUGAAAGACUGGGGAGAGAUAAGUAAGAUCCUAUCUUAUAUCCCUAACCUGGACUUUCUCAACCUGAGUAUGAAUCCACUGAGAGGGUCGAGUCUGGAGCCUGGAGCUGCCGAAGCCUUCUCGGGCCUCCGCUGCCUUGUCCUCAAUAACACGCAUGUCACCUGGGACAUGGUGCACACACUCACACAAGAGAUCCCAGAAUUGGAGGAGUUGUUUUUGUGUCUGAAUGAGUACGUGAGCGUAAGUGCGUCAUCUGUACCAUUCCCGUCCCUGCGUCUGCUGCAUAUCACAGAUAACCAGCUGCAGGAAUGGGCGGAGGUACGCAAACUGGGCCUCAUGUAUCCAGGCCUGGUGUCUCUUAUCCUGGCUAACAACUCCCUUUCAGCUAUCCACGAGCCAGAGGACUCCCUGCAGAGACUCUUCCCCAACCUUCGUAGCAUCAACCUACACAACUCAGGUCUAAGUCGCUGGGAGGACAUUCAGAAACUGAAUUUAUUUCCAAAGCUUCAAGAGGUCAGAGUGUUGGGUAUUCCUUUACUGCAGCCCUACACAGAUCAGGAGAGACGCUGCCUCAUGGUGGCACAGUUGCCUGGUGUGACUGCACUGAAUGGCAGUGUCAUCACUGAUGGAGAGAGAGAGGACGCGGAACGCUUUUUCAUCCGUUACUAUCAGGACUGCCCUGAGGACGAGCUACCACAGAGGUACCACACUUUGGUAGCACGCUAUGGCCGCCUAGCCCCACUUGCAGAGGUGGAUCUGCGCCCUCUCUGCCAUGCUCAGGUUGAGGUGCGUUUUGGGGACCAAACAGAGCCCCUAGAGCUCAGACUGGAUCAGACUGUGGCAGACCUAAAAAAGCAGUUGAGAGCCAUGAUCCAGCUACCUCCAAACAAAAUACGUGUGUACUACAUCGACCGGCAGCUCGGCUACGCACUAGAGCCUCAGGAAAUGAAAUCUGGAGUUCGAGCACUUCAUUCCUACAGCAUACGAGAUGGAGAUCAGAUCUUGGUGGUGCCUAAGACUCAGUGACAGAAGAGAACUGAACCCACUGCAAAAAAAUAAAAUAAAAAAAAUAUUCCCCUAAUAUUCCAGCUUUGUCUCUUCAAAGCUGGAAUAUGAGGGGCAUCCUGUUCCAGUAAAGGCAGUUGAAUAUUGUGCACUAAGACUGUGCAUAAUUGAAUAGUCUGCCUUAUGUUCAUGACAGAGAGAAACAGCGCUACUAAUAGAAGGUCCCUAAAAAAGACUUUGGAUUCGGGAAAAGAAGCUUUCUUUAACUUCCAGUGAUCUGUUUUCUGCUUCAUGGACGUGUGAAUUGUAAAAAAAAAAAAACAUGCUGUGGACUUUUAAAGAACUGUUUUAACCUUAUUUACUUAAUAGUUUUCUUGUGUGUUUUUGAGACUGCUUCUCAGGAAUUACCAAUAUUUGUCUACUCUAAAGAGCAUUUUUACUAGCAGUUAAUCAAGUCAAUCUUAAUAGCACAAUUCCAAAGUGCACAUAUUAUAUGAACAUGUUUCCAAAAUCAGGUAUGUGCCCAGGCUUGUGCAUCUCAUCACCUUACUAUUUAAGCUCAACUUAACAGCUCAUCACCCUGCUGUCUGUUUCCUGAACCAAUGUUCCAUAUUCAAACACUUAAAGGAAUAGUUAACUCAAAAAUGAAAAGGGGUGUUGGGUGGUGAAGCUGUCGUAUGGUGGCUGGUUUUAAGAAUUAAGGGAGGGGGCAUAUAGAAAGUCUCCAGUUGCAACACCAGCCACAAAGCCACUUCCUCUUUUCUUGAAUUACAACAGAGUCAGCUACAGGUCUGAAACCCUCCAGGGUUUGUAUGCGUCUUUCAGAGACACACUUUACAUCCACAAACCUGGCUCCUUGCCCUCACCCCCCCCCCCCCCCCCCCAUUAUCACCACAGGUUUACUGCAAUCCCCUAGUCAUCUGUCAUAUCAUUCUAAUCUGCCAUGUUUUCAGUGAGACCCCUGCCACCUCUCUCAUUGGUGUAAAGAGUCUUUGGAGUUUGCAGGUGCCAUACAGAGCAUGUGCUGUUGGGUUCUACACCAGCAUUCCAGCAUUUUUGGCCCUUGUUUGAAAGAAAGAAAACUGCAAAAAAAAAAAAAGGAACAAUAAGAAUUAAACCAAGUGAUGGCCUGUGCAACACUUUGGCAUUCAUAUUUAUUGUAUGGAUUUAUUUAUUUUUUAUUUUUUUAUUAUUAACUAAUUAAAAAAUGCCUCAACAUUUUAUAGGUUUUACAUAGUUCUCUGCCGUCGUUUGUUGAGCAUUAGAGGACAGCCAAAUAUAUAUAGAACCUCAUUCUUUUUAUCUAUAACUGUGUAAAUGCUUUUCAGUGCAUUCAGAGAACAUGUCACUUACCACAGGUGAUUUUACAUUGCCAUGCCCCUGUUCAGUCUGAAUCUAAAUUGUAUUAAGUAAUUUGUGAAUGUCCCACACAAUUGUAAUAUGUAAAUUGUAAAUGUCCCACAAAGAUGAUUUCAAGAACUAAUUUUAAAACAUCUUAACAAGUCAAUGUCUUUUUUCAGUACAUAUCAGUCUAUAGAUUUUAGGAGAUGGAUUACAAGGGCUUGUCCUGUUCAUUCCCAUACCGUUUCCCAGCAGAAUGGCUAUAAGUUUGGAGUGACUUAUAUAGUAUAGACUCCCUCUUUAGUUACCAAGCUCUCCCUAUGCAACCCUAUCCCAGUGGAGGGUGUUAACAGGGAGCUCAGAAUCCAUUAGGGGUUCAGAUUAACCAAAGAGGUUAUAUGUAUAUUAUCCCUAUUGAUAGGAGAAGAGCUUGCAUGGAUAUUAUUAUCAGACAUCGAGAAAGUUUUGUUACAAUGUAACCACAUAUAUCAAACUUAUGAUUUGUUAUUGUCUAAUCAGCAAAGACACUGUUCCCAGUCCAGCUCCUAUUUGUGCUCAAAUCCUAUAAAGUUGUGCUCAUCGGUUCCAUCACUGUUUCAUUUCUGUCCCAUCAAUGUAAAUUGAGCUUGAUUGUUAUAUUUUUGCCCAAAUCCUAUGAGUAGACCAUAUUGUUGCCACAUUUAUUUGCCUCCUCCCUGUGUAAUUUUACUCUUCGCUGAUAAUUGGAAAUCCUUAAAAAGCUUUGGAAUGUCCUCAUUUGGAUAGUAACCUUGCACUAUGUCAAUGUCUCACUAGUACCACGAUGUUUGAUUUUUCUUUCAUCCACAAAUUAUAGUCUGUUCACUUUCUGCACCCCUUCCUCUGGGCUUUCAGUGGUGCCUGUGUCUCUACAAGUUUCUCAUUGCACAUUUUUUGUUCCCAUUGUGUUUUGGUUGUGGUGAAGACAUUUGAUCCUCUCUGUUCUACUCCCAAAGGGCAUCUGGCCUCUAACGCCAAAAUGUUGUUAACAGAGCAGGUGCUGAGAUAUUUACUUUAUUAUUGUUGGGUCUGUAUAAUGGGUUAUUCUGGUUUAAAAAGGGUCAUUAGCUUGUGCCGUGGAUACUAAUGCAGUGUUAAAUGAUUAUGUGAAUGUUGACAUGGAAGAUAGUUGUAAAGGUGUGAUAUUUGUGUUACUAAUUGAAUGGUAUUUUACGCUACUAUGAAGUUCCGUAUAAUGCCAUACAUAAAGAUAAAAAUAAAUAGUAGCCAAGG